GCCGGCGCACUCGGCUGGCGGGGGCGGGGCCCGGGGUCCGGAGGGCGCGGAGGGCUGAGGAGCGGGGCACCCGCGUUCGCGGGCCGGGGACCAGGCCGCCAUGGCGCCGCCUCCGCAGGCCCGGGUCCUGCGCUGCUGCCGCUGUCGCCUGUUCCAGGCGCACCAGAUGAAAAAGAGUCUCAAAUGGACGUGCAAAGCUUGUGGAGAGAAGCAGUCAUUUUUACGGGCUUACGGUGAGGGCUCUGGUGCUGACUGUAGGCGUCAUGUCCAAAAAUUAAACCUGCUGCAGGGCCAGCUCUCAGAGAUGUCACCCAGGUAUCUGCACUAUCUUUCCCUAAGGUCUCUGCGAGAACCCAUAAACGCUGACGAGGAAAACACGGAAAACGCGGGUUCUGCGCAGGCCGAGCAUGUGCGUCUGCAGGACCACGCUGGUCCGGCAGGGCCGGCAGGAGAAGGAAGCAGUCGAGAGGAUGGGGACGCCAGGCAGCUCCCUGGCCCUUGGAGGGAACCACUACGUCCUGCCCAGCAGGUCAGGGCCACGUCUAAGUGGGAACGAUUUCUUCUGCCGCUCGGAACCUCACAUGUGGACACAGCACCCCCGACACCCCUGCAGAGGGACCCCAGGCCAGCUGGGGCAGCACAGGCUGAGCAGGGGUCCCCCAGAGCUCAAACUGCAGAAGACAGGGGCCUCAGCAGGACACCCAAUCUGCCCCAGCUUCCUUGGGCCUCACACACUGCUACGUCUAGGCCCAGGAGGCCCUUGGGGGAGACCCCUGAGCAGUGGGGUACAGGCCCUCAGGCAGAGGGUGGGCCCUUGGUCAAAGGGGCACAUGAGGCCCGAACGGUGCAGCUCUGUGACCUCUUUACCACUGGUGAGGACUUUGAUGACGCUGUGAGCUGAGACCAGUGUGCUGUGCAGAUGUGUUAAGUACCUAAGCCCUCCUCCCCUAGACCUGUCACUCAAACAGGGUUCCCCGAGGGGCUUUUCAUUAGGGCUGGGGAGGAUUUAUGGGAACUAAGAACCGACAAUAAACAUGACUUUCAAACGGA